AUUGGUUUAAACAGGCAGUGUGGGUUUACAAUGAGGAAAGCGGAGACACGAUUACAAUGAAUAUUUGUGAAUAAAAUCAAGCGUAUCUUGUAGAGACAUGAGACUCGCUGGAUACGCGUUUUACGGCUUUGCUAUUGGGCUUUUGCUUGUGGGUUUGCGGGAUUUAUUGUUUGGUUUCGGGGAGAACCGAUGCAGCAUGACAUACAUGUUCGAGUACCCAGAAUACCGACGCGUGCAGCUUCCGAGGCGUGUCGCGCGCCAGUACCCAUCAUACGGGCUGUAUCUGUAUGGAGAGGGCGCAUAUGCUCAGGAGAGCAGAGGACUCAAGCUCACCGGCGCACCUGUGCUCUUCUUGCCUGGGAACGCGGGCAGCUACAAGCAAGCUCGUUCUCUGGGUUCAGUGGCGUUGAGGAAGGCUGAGAACCUGGACAUACGAAUCCAUAUGAACGUGUUCACCAUUGACUUCAAUGAGGAGUUGGUGGCCCUGUAUGGUGGCAGUUUGCGCAGACAGACUCAAUUUCUAUAUGAAAGCAUCAAAGCCAUCUUGCGCCUUUACAAGGACCGUCCAGACCCUCCCACAGGUGUGGCUCUGGUGGGUCACUCCAUGGGUGGAGUGGUGGCAAGAGCUUUGUUCGCCCUGGCACGUUUCAACCCACGCCUGGUCAGCCUCAUCAUCACCCAGGCCUCCCCCCACCAGGCACCUGUCCUGUCUCUGGACCCUUAUAUACUGGCCAUUUUGAAGAGCUGUUUGUCUGUACAUGUUCAACAGGAAUUGACCAGCUGGCUGUAUGGCUGCACACAGAUGAGUGGCUCAAUGUGUGUUCAGACAGUAGAUCUCUCACCUCAGACAGAACUUCUUCCAGCUUAUAAGGCUGUAACAGUAAAAAUCAGUGAGCUUUUGUCUGUUUCUCAUCUCAUCAUUGAUGCCUCGAACCCCAGUGGAGCACAGUUUGUAGUGGAGUGUGAGCUGCAGAGAGAGGAGAGCUUGACUGUCUCAGUGCAGGUGCCUCAUGUGCUGUCCUUUGGUCUGACUGUCAGUGACAUCAGCAUUAACUCCUCUGGGCUGCUUCAUACACUACAGCUACAAGACUUUCAUCAGGUUUAUCAAGUUUUCAGAAUAACGAUCACGAGUCACUGCAAAACCACUAAAGACAGACUGCCCAGUGUGUACAGACUGAGAGUACCUUGGUUUCAUGAAGACUCCUUUGAUAUUGCAAGUAUUCCUUCGGUAUCUGAAAUCUACAGCAUGCUUCACUCUAGCCGCCCAGACAACGCCACCAGUGCCCUACUGCAACUCCACACUGCCCCCAACUGCCAAUACAAGGUGUCUAUUCGGACUUCGUUUCCCAAAGUGCUUGGGCAGAUUCUGCGUUUCUGUGGUCCAGUUCUCCCUGUCUACUCGGCUGUAGUGCUUCUUCUGAUGAUCAGGACUCAGCUGAGCUCCAUCAAAAGAUCUGGACAUCCUGUUGGAAUCCAAGAGGGCAUGAGUAAAUCCUUACAGCUCCACAAACUGGAAGUGCCCAUCCUCCUGCUGCUGCUGCUGCUCAGGCAGAGCUGGUUUCAGGAUGUCUGGUCCUCUCUGGGUCUCCCUGCGGUGGAUGCUCUUCCUCUAAACUCUGUGGAGGACCUACCCCAGGAUCCAAAGGCCUCUAUGCAGGAAUGGCCCCGUCUAGUGUCCCCACUGCUCUGUGUGCUUGGUGCAUCCAUUGCAUUCUGGGGUAGCACAGUCCUCAGAGUGUUUGUCUAUUUCCUGUCCUUUGCUCUUGCUCCACUGCACAGACCUUCAGUGUCUCGGGAUUGCGGCACGCUUCGUCUUCAUUCUCAGAUUCUCCUGAUUAUCUUUUUGAGUGUGUUGGGUGGCGUCACAUGUGGAGCACUGGCUCUUAUGCUCUCCUCUCUUCUCCACCUCUACAGGGUACUUCGAUUACAGAUGACAGAGAGAUCGCUGAGCCACAUGUUGAACCUGGCACCCCAGAAAGUUUCACAAAAAUCUGAAAAUGGUUUUCGUGCCAGUGAUUGUCACAGUAAGAUUAAAGAAUGUAACGGCAGCCCUUUACUGUCAGAAUCAGUGCUACAGGACAUCAGAGAUGAUCUGCAGCUCCACUUUAGUCUGUCCACACUGCUUACUUUUACCAUGAUGCUCAGUGUCCCUUCCCUUAUCCACUGGAAGCACAAUCUCAGAUAUUGGAUUCAUCUGGAUCCUGACCCCUGCUGGCCUCACAUUGUACCUCUGCUCAUCAGCUCUGUACUGCUCAUCAGCUGUAACACAGAUAAUCUUCUACGCAGCAAACUGAUGCUGAAUCUGACGCUUCAUCUACUGUUGCCGCUGUGUGUGGGCAUGCUGGCUUUUUGUCCGCUGCACAUUUACAGAGUCACUUAUUUCCUGGCUACAGCUCUGACCCUCUUGGUCUGUUCUUGCUACUUUUGACCUCCCUGCAAACUUUAAACGUGAGUCUGCACUGAGAUUGGAAAAAUACCCGGGCCUUGUAUAAACUCAGACCAGAUUAGACCAAAACAGCCUUCAAACCCAUGUGUGCAUUCAGUGGGAUCACAUGGACUAGUGACAUCAGUGGACCAGCACAUCCGGAGUCAUGUGACUUGUUGUUUGUCAUCAUUUGUAGCUUCUGUACAGGGCAUUAUACUUGUUAAUGCUGGUAUGCCUGUAUUCAUGAGCAAUACCUCUUGUUCGUGAGGCUAGUUUCCCAGACACAUAUUAAGCCUCGGCCUGAACUAAACUGAAGUCUAAGACUGUAUUUAAUCAGUGUCUGAGAGACUAGUCUAUACUGGUGUGUGUGUUGGGGGUGUGUAUAGGACAGAUUUAGUAUUCAUUAUAAAGGUCAACAUGAAAUCAUAAUUGAUAAGGAUACACAAAAUAUCAAUGUCAAUUUGGUUUUCAGUGGGAAUUAGAAUUUUUUUAUUUAUUUAUUUAUUUAUUUGUUAAUUUUUCAGUAUCCGGUAUUUCUCUGGUCUUAUAAUUUUGGGAUGCCUAAAUUCACUUGAAACGGUUGUUUUUCAUUUUUAGUAAUUAAUUUUUUAAUUUAUUUAUGUGAAAUGGUAUAUAACAUUAUUAUCUUUUAUCCGUAUCAGCUAGAAUUUUAAAAAUGGUGCCCCUAUCAAUUGACCCUGUUUACUUCCUGAUAUUGUGUGACUCAUCAGUGCAUGUUAUUCCAAAGAUUUUUUUGAAUAAAUAUUGAGAAUUGGAGCAGAGAACACCACCUACAUUUGCUCCAAUCGAAAUAAAUAUUAAUUAUUUUAUUUUAUUUUACGUAUUGAUUCUGAUCAUUGUGGUGUGGAUAGUGACUGAAAAGUUCAUAGUAUCAUAGUGAAUGCAUUGUAAAACCAUUGGGAACUGUACUGUUCGCUUAAACUAAUGUUAUCACUUUCAAACAAGGCUUUUCCUUUAUCAGUUGAGUCUGAGAAGAAUUUGCCUUAGUUCUGAUUGACAGUAUCAACAAUUUUUAAUCACAUUACAGCAUUAGUUAACAAUUUUGUAGUUUAACAAGAAAAGCUGCUGGAAAAAAAACGCUUUAGCAAUUCAUUCAUUAAUGUCACAUGGAAGUAAAAUGGGUUACGAAUGCAUUUUCAUGUUGACUUUUAAGGGUGUUAAAGCAGCUUUAGGUGUUUGUUCAGCUUUUCUGCAAUUCACAUGUCUAUGUGCGAGCGUGACUGGAUCUCUUUGCCUAUUCUAUCUUCGAUCUGUCAUUUCUGCCUUAAGCCAUUUAGCUUUGAAUGCACAUGUAAUGCCUGUAGGUGCUGAAGUACCUCUGUGUUUGACCGAUCACUUGUUCUUAACACUCUUCUGCAUUAGCCGAAGCUGUAAGGCAAGUCUGAGUAGCAUAACAUUCCAUCUGGAGGUAUUAUCUUGAGUUUCGUGAGAUGCAAUCGCGAAACUGGACUGACAAGCAAAGAUGAUUUUCUAUAAAUGUGCACAAAAAGACAUCACCGCUACAUUUAUGGUUAUAGUGCAGUCUUAUAACCUGAGACAAAUUAUUAGAAACACUGCCACAGUCACAGUAGCCAUGAGAUUGUUGCUGUCUGCACAGCUUUUUUUUUUUCUUUCUCCAAUUUAACCGUAUCAUUGAGGACGGAUGUUGAGGAUGUUUGUCAGUCCAUCCAAGUAGUCUGAUAUUUAAUCCGAUGUCCCCCUCUCACAUGGGGAUGUACUUGACCAAAAACACUCAUAUGGCACAAAAUUGUGUCUUCUGCACUGUGAAUGUACCUGAAUGUGUGUGUGUGUGUGUCAGUCAUUUUGCAGUGAGCUUUGAUGUUUGCUGUCUUUUUUUAUGCUAUGUUGCAAUCUUGCUCUGCCUCAUGCUAAAUUUGAGCUGUUUUUGUGGUGAAAGUGAAAGGCUGCCUUUUUUCUAUCAAUAUGAUUGUGACUGAUUGUUUUCAUUGGUGUUCACUGUGAUGUGCCACAAUAUUUGGAGGCCAGGAUCUGAUUAUAUGUCUCAAAACAAGAACUGCUAAUUCAGGACCAGAUCUGUCCUGAUCAUGUGACAUUGAAGCCAAACGGAUCCAACAACAACACUUUAACACUGCAGCAAUGUUUGUUUUGAUGCUAGUGAGGUAUCUGCUUUGAUGCGUGUAAUGAAGAAUUUGCUCAUUUUGUUUCUUAGAGACUGUUGUUAUGUGGUUAAUAGCUCUACUGUAGCAGUUAAAUAUUAAUAGUAAAGACCCUAGAGGAUGUGGGUUUUAUCAAUACACUACCAUUCAAAAGUUUGGGGUCAGUACGAUAGACUUUUUUUCAAGAAGAUUUUUACAAGAAAUGAACACUAAAAUAUUCAGCAAGAGUGCAUUAAAUUGAUCAAAAGUGUUAAUUAUCUACCAAAUCACACAUUAGAAUGGUUUCUGAAGGAUCAUGUAACACUGACAACUGGAGUAAAGUCU